CGCAGUCACGUGCCCCCCGCUCGAUGCGCUCGGCGCUCGGCUCCCCCCAGGCGGCGAGUGUGUGAUUGGAGGGACCUGCGGCUUGUCUGUCCGUCCGUCCGUCCUCCCGCCGCCGACAUGUCCACCGCCAUGAACUUCAGCAGCAAAAGCUUCACACCGCGGCCGCCGGACAAGGGCGCUUUCCCGCUGGAUCACUUCGGGGAGUGCAGCGCCUUUAAGGAGCGGUUCAUGGAGUGCCUCCGCGACAGCGGCUACGAGAGCGGGGCCUGCCGGCAGCGCGCCAUGGCCUACCUGGAGUGCCGUAUGGAGAGGCAACUUAUGGCUAACGAACCACUGGAAAAAUUGGGAUAUAAAGACCUGAUAGAUGAGCAAUCAGAAGCAAAACCUGAAAAGUUGUAAUGAAGACAGACAACUUUACUCCUCACGUAUGGAAAGCAUAAGUCAAUGUAGUACAUAUUGUACAUUCUGUUCGUAUUGCAAUAGGAAGUGUUAACUGAAGGAACUUUUUUUCAGAGUUUUAAUUUUCUUAAGAUUUCUUUUUUUAAAAUGAGCAAAAGUACUGCCUUUGACUUUCCUCAAGUAUUUAUUAACUUUUUUUCUUUAAAUUUCUCUAGCCUACUUUUAAAGAUCCAUAAGAACCUGGAGAAAACAAUUAUUGCCUGAGGUGAUCUCCAUGCCUCUGUAAGAACAGUGAAGUCUUAUUUUAAAAAGACAGAAAAAAACCCACCAACCUUUAUUGUGUAGAUCUUGAACUACAGAUUAAUCUUAUGUGGUCAUUACUAAUAUGCUUACAGCAGUUACUUGUCAGGUGGGAAUAAAGCUGUUGUGGUACUUGAAAAUUGCUUUUUAUUAAAUACUGAUAUUAAUCUCCAUCUUUGGGGUGAUCUCACUCUGCUAUAGAAAAUACUUGGGUACUGGGGAUGGGGUUUUUUCAGUCUCUUAACCUUCAUUGUUGUUGGGAGAGUAUUUCUAGUUCCAGACAGCAGGCAGGUAGUGAUUCUGCUUUUAUUUACCAUGCCAACAGUGUUCACCUAACUAUUUCAUCAUUUAACUGGGAAUCUUCCAUUAGGAAUACAUUCAUUUCUCCAAGGAGAGCUGCCAUAUGUUUUUUUAAUAUCUUCAUGGUAAAAUCAGCAUGGCGACAGGAAUGGUAUAUAUUUGUGUUCUAACUCUAAAAGGACAUAUAAAUGUGAUUGGACAAUUUUAUUCUUUUAAAACCAAAUGUUUUAUGUUAAAAACCAGGGUAUGUCAAGAGUUAACUAUCUCAGAAAUACAGUAUUUAUUCCCAGAACACGUAGCUGCAGCCCAUACAUUAAGGUAAUGCAGCAGACCAUACAGUAGAUAAGCAGUCAGGUCUAAGUAUGUCUUUAAGAUCCCUGAUAGGUGUUUGUGUAACUCAGCCAUGAAUUAUCAGACCCAGUUAUAUUUCUCUUGCAUGUACUAAUGCAAAUGAGUCUUUCUUAUUUUGGUUUGAACUCAUUAUGAAUUAAUUUGGCCUAUUAACCCCCUAGAAAUAUGUUUCAAGCAGACAAUAAAUUCGUAAAUCCGUGGGAUGUGUUUUCCACUGUA